GCCUUUCUCCUGAUCUUAUCCUCAGACGCCACAGAAGGCGCGAUCAAAGCUCUUGCUUCGUCCGAGAAUCUGGUGUAACCCAGAAGUCAUGGCUCAAAUAGUGCGGCAGGCACAAUGGGAGGCGCAGCUUGUUCAAAGUGGGCACUACGACAAGAUUAUGGUUCAGAACCUGGAAGUCAUCGUCAAUGCCGGCAAAGACGUCUGGGGUCGUGAGAAAAAGCAGAGGGCUUUUAUCAGUGUCACUCUCACUCUUGGCAAGCAAUUCACUUCAGCUUCUUCCACAGACUCCGUCGACGAUAGCACCGUUCAUUAUGGCAUACUCAGCAAAGCGAUUCAAGCAAAAUUCGGAAACGAGACAUCAGCUUGGACAAGCACGUCCGCACUUUCAGCUGCAAUUUCACAAUGUGUGCGCGAUGUCGCAGGCUCAACUGAAAUAUACGCCAUCGAAACGAACGUGUGCUACCACAAGGGGAGUAUGCUCGGCGAAGGGGCAGGCCACACGACUUCUUGUAUUGAAAAGUCGGGAACACGCUCGAAUGUACUUUAUUUGCGCAACGUCCGCAUUCCUUGCCUAAUUGGUGUCAACGCGAAUGAGAGACUGCAAAAGCAGCCCGUGGACGUUAAUAUCUGGAUAGAUGGAAUCGCUGACUCUCGCGUCGACGACUAUCCAAAGCUGGAGAGCUUAUUGUUUGAGCUGAUCUCAGGGUCCUCAUUCCAGACGAUUGAGAGCCUACUAGCGUGGCUCGUCGAAGAGCUUAGACAGAAGUUCUUCACGCAAGAUGUGGAUCAGGGCGCAUGGAUCAAGCUGCGAGUUGGCAAGCCCCACGCCGUACCUUUUGCCGACGCGCCAGCUGUGGAGAUUACACGACCAGUGCGUUCGGAUUGAGAUGAGAACAUGUUUGACAGAACGUGGAAUGUGGUUGGUAAUGGCGAACCAGAACAUGGCUGUGACCGCAGAGGCGGGUGCAGAUAUUGGCGAGACGCAAGCCACUGGAAGAAAUCAAAAUGUGUGUUCCUGAAUCGAGUAGUAUACUCUGUGGAUAGGCUCCGCUAGCGUGUCUGGCGGCGAUUUGGACCCCACCCAAUAUCUAUCCCCCUGUCUUACACGGUGUGAGGGCUUCUAGAGUUUGGAUAGUCCUCGGUCUGGGUACAGUGUCGACUGCCGAUGAGCCGGCAGGCUGACAUCCACAAAGUUAACCGCCACGGGGGGUUGUUGUUGUUGCUCAUAGUAGGACGGAAGGAGGCGUUGAUCUAAACAUCUGUCAAGCAAGGGCAUCGCUGCUGUAAGCCUACAAUACACGACCUUAGUAGUAGAUCCCCCACGUGUUUUUAAGCGACAGCUGAACUCGGG